CCCAAGCCAGCACGCAGCACGCUGCACGUGGGGAGGCGAGGCGUUUGGCGGCAGAUCGCGGCUCGAGUCGACAUUCGCGGAGAAGGCCGAGCGAGCGCCGCCCGCCGCGAAGCAGUGCGUGAAGCAGUCCGCGAGGCAGUGCGUGAAGCUGGUGGAGAUGUCGCAGGCCGCGGUGCCGACGUGCUUGCUGGCGGCCCUGGCGGCCGUCGUGGUCCUGGUGCCCGGCGGCAGCGCGGCGUCCACCUGCAGCGCGGACGAGCUGGCCGUGUACAGGGUCUUCCUGGACACGCACUGGAGCCGGGACACGUUCCCGAAGCAGUACCCCGAGUGGCGGCCGCCCGCGGGCUGGUCCAAGAUGGUCGGCCGCACGCACGACGCCUCGUACUGGCUGUUCCGCGAGGGCGAGAUGGCGUCCGCGGGGCUGCAGGCGUUCGCCGAGAAGGGCCACUCCGACAGCCUGGAGGCCGCGGACCACGAGGGCGUGUACGACGAGUUCACGGCGCCCCCCGUGCCCAGGGGCGUCGGCCGCACCGUCGCCGACUUCUUCCUGGACGGCAACCACUCGCUGGUGUCGGUGGCCGUCAGAGUGGUGCCCUCGCCGGACUGGUUCAUCGGGGUGGACAGCCUGGACCUGUGCAGAGGCAACCACUGGAUCGACUCCAUCGCCAUCGAGGUGGACCCCAUGGACGCGGGCACGGACAACGGCUUCACGUUCACGGCCCCCAACUGGCCGUCCGAGCCCAAGGAGCCGGUGGCCAGGAUCACGUCGAAGAGGCCGAGCCACCCCGCCAACUCGUUCUACUACCCCAAGCUGGACAAGCUGCCCUCCAUCGCCACACUGACCUUCGUCAAGGAGCGAGUGUACCACCUGAGCGCGGAGCUGUCGAGGAACGCGUCGCGCGGCAGGGACGCCGUGCACGCCGUGGUUGACGGCAACGACAUCAGCAACGACCUCAGCCCGAGCCUGGGGGCGAGUCUGGGUGGCGGCCUGGGCGGCAGUGUCUUCGACAGCACCGAGAGCGCCAUCCGGCGGACGAGCAAGGCGCGCCGCAGCAAGAAGGGCAGCCGGCAAGCCAAGCACUGCCAAGUGUCGGAGUGGUCGCCCUGGUCGGCGUGCAGCGUGUCGUGCGGUGUGGGCGACGCGACGCGCUCUCGCCGCGUCCUGGAACACCCCCGGCGCGGAGGGACGCCGUGCCCCGCGCUGCAGGAGCGCCGGUGGUGCGGCGGCCACAGCGAGUGCCCGCAGAACUUCUUCAACUGGUGAAGCGGCCGUCGCCGCGGGCCGACGGCCCAACGGUUCUAGGCGUCGAGGCGGCGCUGCCGUCCAGAGGCCCGCCCCGCCGCUUCGGCGGCAACUGCAAGAGGGUGGAUAUGGUGGACACGGUUGGCCGGGUGGAGCGAAUGUUUGGUUAUAGAUCCUUGCAGUCGUCGUCGAGUGCAGCACAAAGACAAUUUAACUUUAAAAGACAGGAACCAGCAGCGUGCCACCUGGCGGACGUCAUUGUAAACUGCCUAAAGCUGAAAUUGGAUUGGUAACAAGCGUAGGUGUGGAGGAAGUUCAGACAGUGGCCGCUAGGUAGCGCGUAGCUGGUUCCUGCGUUUUGAUCACUUUCGAAUUUCACUCGGCGACGGCUGAUAUG